UUAGAAAAGAAUGCCUAGAAGGGUCUCAAACCGCUUGGUUUAAAAAAGAAAGCAGGAGCUCUUGGAGCUUUACAGUGAAUUUAUAACUUACUACAAGCCGAGCAUUGUGCUGGGCUUUGGGGUGGGGGAGCAAUACCAAGAAAGUGAUUAAAAAACAAUUAUAAGAUGAAUGAGUAGAAAACUUUCAGACCACAUAAUCAUGAAAUGCUGUAGAGUCAGAGUGAUGGCGAGAAUAAAAGUGGUAGAGCUGCGAGUUACCAGAGUCAAGACUGUUUCCCUAGCCCUGGAGUGUAAUUGAACUUCUCUAGGGCCCACCUACCGGGCAUUAGGCCCCGCCCCUCAACAAAGAGACCCUCCCCGCCCCGCCCAUCGGACAUCAGAGCCCGCCCUUUAAGAGGCGUCAGUCAAUCCUGAAGCCUCCACCCUAGGCAUGGCGCUGAGUGACCUCCUGGAACUCACUCUGCUGCUGCUGCUGCUGCCUCUGCUGGAGCGGCUCUCGGCAGAGGACUGCCCGUGCUCCGAGGCUUCUCUCUGCCGACCGAUCCGCCACCACCGCGACUUCGAGGUCUUUGUGUUUGAUGUUGGACAGAAAACCUGGAAAUCUUAUGACUGGUCGCAGAUUACGACUGUGGCAGUUUUUGGAAAAUAUGACUCAGAACUUAUGUGCUAUGCUCAUUCGAAAGGAGCCAGGGUAGUGCUAAAAGGUGAUGUGGCCCUGAAGGACAUCAUUAAUCCUACCUUCAGAGCGGCAUGGAUAGCGCAAAAAGUUGCCUUAGCCAAAGCACAACACAUGGAUGGAAUUAAUAUAGACAUAGAACAGGAAGUUAAUUGCUCGUCACCUGAAUAUGAAGCAUUGACAGCCUUGGUCAGAGAAACCACAGAGGGUUUCCAUCGUGAGAUUGAGGGAUCACAGGUAACUUUUGAUGUAGCUUGGUCACCAAAGGGCAUAGACAAAAGGUGCUAUAAUUAUACUGGGAUUGCGGAUGCUUGCGACUUUCUUUUUGUGAUGUCUUACGAUGAGCAAAGUCAGAUCUGGUCAGAAUGUAUUGCAGCCGCCAAUGCUCCCUACAAUCAGACAUUAACUGGAUAUGGCGACUACCUCAGGAUGGGCAUCAGCCCCAGGAAACUUGUAAUGGGUAUUCCCUGGUAUGGCUAUGAUUACAUUUGCCUAAACCUCUCAAAGGAUGAUAUUUGCACCAUUGCAAAGGUCCCUUUCAGAGGGGCUCCUUGCAGUGAUGCUGCAGGACAUCAGGUGCCCUACAGAGUCAUCAUGAAGCAAGUAAACAGUUCUGUUUCUGGAAGCCAGUGGAACCAAGACCAGCAAGCUCCAUACUAUAACUACAAGGAUCCCACUGGCCGUUUGCAUCAGGUGUGGUAUGAUAACCCCCGGAGCAUCUCACUAAAGGCAGCAUUCGUCAAACACUACGGUUUGCGGGGCAUUGGCAUGUGGAACGCGAACUGUCUGGACUACUCAGAUGACGCUCUAGCCAGAGAGCAAACGGAGGAAAUGUGGGGAGCCCUGAGACCACGGCUGUGAUACAGACAGAGGAAUGUCUUUUGUCAGACGGUUAGAUUUGCAGGACUGGCCUGUGUAAGCAGAUCUACCUCUUCAAGAGAUAAAAAUAUAUAUUUUGUCAUGUUACCCUAACUUACUUAUUGGUCUACUCAAUACACAGGUAAGAAAUAAAGAAACUAUUCAUUUGUACUUGGAAAAUACAUACAUAUCUUAAAUAUCCAGGAAUGUAAAAGCAAAAAACAAGUCAACUUACUCUAUUAAAUAUUCCUCUGUUUCAGUAUUAUAAUUAUAUUAUAUUAUAAUUAGAAAAGUUGCUUUUAGAAUUCCAUGCUGAAUUUUUCCUCCUGUUAUUAUAUACUGUUAUUAUAUACAGUAUAUAAAUAUACUGUUAAAAAUCAAUAGGGAUUUUUAAAAAUGUAUAACUAGUAGACAAGUGAAGAUACUGGAGAAGGGAGUGCACAUGACCAUAGUGUGUUACACACAUGUAUAGACUAUCAUAGUAAAGCCCAUUAUUUUUAUAAUUAAUAUAUGCUAAUAAAAGAUGUGUAACUUGAAAUGGAAA